UGAUGCCAUGACCAUGCCGAGACUUACAUUUUAAACAGGGUGAUCAUGUUGAAUAUAUAAUAACUGUGAUAUGGACCCUCUUCAGCUGGACCCUCCGUCUGUGCAGGACCUCUUACGUGCCGGAGAGCCAUUUAUCCCAUUUUCCGAGUACUCUAUCCGCGACAUUAUUCACCUGCCACAAGACAAGGCCACCGGAUGGGUUGAAAAUAAGCUUCGUGAAGGAAGGCCGUUUGUUAUACGUGGUUUUACUGAGUUGAAAGAAUGGGAUAGAUCUAUCUUGAACAAUGAGAGCUUCAGCGCCCUUUCAUCCUCGGCAGCGAUUCCAGUGAGGAACUGCCAUACCGGCCGAGAUGCCAAAAUGCGGCUUCGAGAUUUACUUUCGCAGACGGACUUUUCCCGCACCGGCGAUAUCCGAGAAUUCCUGUACGCAAAAGAUCUUCAGUGUCCAAAAAAAUGGGUCACGGCAUUGGAGGCAUUUCUUCCUUCAGCCAUGAGGCAUCUUGGGUCUCUUGAUUUGUUCCGAACGUUGCCAAAGGAGGUUACCCCGGAGGUGCUGAUGGCUUAUGUCGGGACUCGGAAGUCUUCUUCAGGAUUUCAUAGAUGCUUCAGUGGGACGGUUGCCCUAAACCUACUGAUUGAAUCCGAUGGUACUGGGCCUGGUUCUCUUUGCUUUGGGACCGACAAAUUCUCACAGGCCCUAUACGAUACGUAUAUGGAGGGAUUGGGAAAAUCCCCUCACACAGACUGGACCAACGUCUCUAUAACCCAACUCAAGUCUGCCAAUUUUCCGAUCUAUGUCACACACCAGAAGCCUGGAGACUUGGUGAUAUUCCCUUCCGCUACCGCCCAUCAAAUCUGGAACAUCAGCCCUAUGGUCACAAAGGUGGUCUGGAACAUCAUGCAUUGCUCCUCCUUGGUCUCAUUCUUCGACUACAUCCAGCCUAUUUACCAGCGACAAUGCCAUGCAGACACUGGCCGAGUACCCUUAAUACCGCUACACGCCUUGAUCAAGAGCUCCCCCGAGCCAGGAGACGAAGCACUUCUACUAGAGAUCUUUGAACAACUCCUUGAAGAUGAAGCCAUGGAGACCGAGCCAGAUGUUGCGAUAAAGUCUGUCGAUACCCAAGGGGCUGUAGUCGAGUGUAACUUUUGCGGCUUGACAAUCUGGAACAGACAUAUGCACUGCGAGCAGUGCGGGGACUUUGACUUAUGCCUGACAUGCUUCAUUUCCGGACGCAGCUGUAAACAUGUUGCCGAUUAUACCUGGGCUGAAUUAAUCCCACGUGGAUACUGCAAGGAUGUCAUCCAGACGACUCGAAACAGACUACAUGAUCGACUGCCCUCAAGGCGCAGAAGUCCACCACAGAAGACUCUGGGCGCCCUGGCUGUCGCUGCGGCAGAUGCACGGAAGCAAUCAAUGGAACGGCUUUGUCACCUGUGCCGUGACAGCCAUCCGACCUGGAAGGGGGUAAACUGCACUCAGUGCUCUGCUUUCUUUUGCUUCCGGGGGCUCUAUCGGCACUUCGACGUGCAUUUGAUCCCAUUCCUUAGGAAAAGUGAUCCUUGGGUCUGCCCAAAGUGCUCCCAAUGCUGCAAUUGUCGGUGCUGUCACUUUGCCCGUCCCUACUCUAGCGAAGACAAGCCUGUGCGGGCUCGUGUCAAGCCGAUUGACCCUCGAGGCCGCGUCAUGGGGUUUACCGACAACGUGUUUGAUCAGAAACGAGGGAAACGAGCUAGCAUGGCUGCUCACAGUGCAUCACCCCAGCCUGAGAUACUCCCCCGUGGACCAAAACGGCUGAGAACGCAGGUCAACGAUGGAAACAUUGAACCACAACAACAGCAGGGAGACCAUAGUACCUUCACUAACUUUGGUGUGGCUCAUACAAGAAGAUCAGAUGAGAACGUCGACUCUUAUCGCCAUCCCUAUGCCAGUUCCUCGCGGAGUUUAGGCCCGAAGGGGCAGCUUCGAAUCAGUGAUCUGCUCGAGGAGCAUAGCCCUGCUGAUGCUGGACCGCCCUUUCAGGCCCUGUUUCGGCAGAGUUCUCCUCCAGCUUCCCUGACGCCAGAAGAGAGCGCAUUCCGACGACCUACCGAUGAGGCGAGCGUUCCGUCCUUGAGAGACGAAGCUAGCAUUGUUGUUCUUGAGAAAAGACUGGAGGCGCUUCGGCGAUACGCAGAUGACCUUUUGGAUCUUUCUUUGGUGGAAUCGCAUGCCAAGCUCCUGGAGGAGGCAAGUCAGCUGCAGGCUCAGAUUGAAGAGCGCAAACGACGGAAAGCGGAGACGCUCUUCGACAACCUCAAUCGGGAUUUCCCCGAACUGGCUACUUUUGCCAGAGAGGAAGCACGGCGCCGAGGAUUAUAGCUGUAGCUUUAGCGACUUCGGAGAAUAGCAGGUGUGACGGAGGGAGUGAAGAUAAACUUUAGGUUCGCCGGUCAAAAGGAACAAAGGGACCUGCCUGAGUUGUAGAAUUGUAGGUAGAAGGUUGCGAAGCCAGA